UCGGCCUCCUCGCUCGUACCGUCAGUUUUGCUAACCGACACCUGCGACAGCAAACACUUUUAUCGAGCUUUUUGUUUUGCCCGUGUUAUUAGAAUGGCUGUAGCUGAAGACCGGGCCUCCUGCUAACGCGUUUUAUUUGGAUGGACUCGGUCAUGUUGCCUCCUUCAGAGAAACUGCCCGGUUCAGGCUGAGUUUUCGGCAUGACAGGGAUGAAGAUAGACCUGGAACAAGUGCUAACACAUAUUUUUAAAUCCUCAGAUAUCAAUCUUAUUACCUUGCUGUCAAGACUUCCAAUAGAGAUUUUCAAAUGAAAAUGGAGGAUAUGCCCCUCUCAGGCCCAGACAACACCAGGCUGGAGGCCCUGGCCCAUGACAUCUACUCUGAGCUGGUGGAAGAUGCCUGUUUGGGCCUGUGUUUUGAGGUGCAUCGAGCUGUUAAACAGGGCUAUUUCUUCCUGGAUGAAACGGACCAAGAGAGCAUGAAGGAGUUUGAAAUUGUGGAUCAACCAGGAGUGGACAUAUUUGGGCAGGUGUACAAUCAGUGGAAGAACAAAGAGUGUGAGUGUCCCAACUGUAAAAGAUUAAUAGCAGCUUCUCGCUUUGCUCCACAUUUGGAGAAAUGCCUUGGCAUGGGACGCAACAGCAGCCGCAUCGCCAACCGCAGGCUAGCCAGCAGUAAUAAUAUGAGCAAAUCAGAGAGUGAUCAGGAAGACAAUGAUGACCUUAAUGAUAAUGACUGGUCGUAUGGGGCUGAAAAAAAAACCAAGAAGAGAAAGUCAGAUAAGAGUCAAAAUUCCCCAAGAAGAUCCAAAUCCCUGAAACAUAAAAACGGUGAGCUUGGAAGUGGCGUCGGUGCCGAAUCUUACAAGUACAACUAUAAUACUGGCAUCAGUUAUGAAACCUUGGGCCCCGAUGAAGUCAGAUCCCUUCUAACGACGCAAUGUGGGGUGAUAUCUGAGCACACAAAGAAGAUGUGUACCAGGUCUCAGCGAUGUCCCCAACACACGGACGAACAGAGGAGGGCCGUCAGGUUGUUCCUCCUGGGGCCGUCCGCGCCAACGCUGCCUGAUGCAGAUGCUGUGGAGACUGACAGCUUUGACAUUCCAGAUGCACAACCCUUAAUGAGCCGCCUGCAGUGGGAGGACUCGGAUAUUUCACCUACUGAUUCUGCUUCAUCUAAAGCCAGCACCAACCAUUCAGAUUCUCGGAAGCCCAAGAAAAAGAAGAAGCCAUCUCUUCCAUUGAACAGUGGAGGAGGAGGAAGUGGGAGUGGAAGCCUGGCUGGAGGCGGCGGCAGCAGCUCUCAGAGUAAUAUCAGUAUAUCGACCAAAAAAAAGAGGCCCAAACUCUCAGCACCUCCUAUUUCAAGUAUCUAUGAUGAUUUAGCAUAAGCCAAUUUGUCAGACCAGCCCUCGCCUCCUCUUAUUAAGUCCCUUCUUUCACACCAAGCUUUAAAAGUCUGAGCUGAAUGGGAUGAAACUUGACUUAGAAGUUCCUUAGUAAUCAUUUGGCCUUGAUAACUGAGGCAUCUACAUUUAAAGAUUUGUCCUUCCUAAAUUAUGAACACAGAGUUUAAGAAUUGCGGUCCGAGUCCAGUCAGAGUAUCUGCAAUAACGGAUUGGCUCACUUCCAGUGUAAAACAGAAUUUACUUCCGCUAUACACGUAAUUUACGACGUAUAUUUGUCUUCAGCUGAUAUCGAGGAGGACUUGAUGCAUUCGGUUGACGCUUUGUGUGGCUGUUUCAAUGAGGAGCUUCCACACAACACUGCAGAAAACUUUGCAGCCAAUUAAAGAAAAUUGUAAAGUAGUGAAAGUAGAUUAUUUGAACCAAAACAUAAUUUUAUGCAGAUAUAGAAAUAAAGAACAUGCUACCCAUGUUGCAUGUCAUCCUCGCUCUUGCAGCCGAUCCUUUGCAAUAAAGGCAAAAAAAGCUUAGAAAUAAAUCUUUGGAAAAAAAAAUGAACCACUUGUGUGUAAAUGAUAUCUCCUGUGCUCUAAAUGUUAUUUUACGGAGGGCCUUGAAGUUACAAAAGACAUCAAUAAUAAGACCACCUGGAUUCAUACAAAGCACUGCAAUGUCCUGGAACUGAAAAAAACUUUUCAGACCACAAGCUGGUAGUGAAAGUUGAGGUUUUUUUCUUCUUUAAGUUCUACUUAAAUUGAAAGGCCUUAAAUUCUAAAACCUUCAGAUACUCUGUCAUUGGUGAGCCUGUGACCGGCCCCUCUUCUUGGACUUUGCGUUCAGACUCGGUCGUAAGGACACGUUCAACACUUGACACACAUAUACUGGAGUACUCAUCGGUGGCUUUUUAAUUCUAGCAUUGUAUUGCACAGUCGUGCGUGUGUGUGUGUGUUUGUGUGUCUGUAUGAUGAUUUGCAUUUAGCGUGACUGUCAAUUUUGUGUGCGUGCGUGCCUGUGGGUAAGUGUACGUGCGGUUGAUGUGUGUGUAAUCAUUCUUUUCACAAAACUAUGCAUCCUAGAAUGUGACUCUUGUGAAAGUAUGUGUGUCAUUUGGAAUAUUUAACUCGUUUACAUUAACGGUAUAUUUAAGUUUGUAUUUGUCACUGCCUUUGUGGUGAUGUGCAUAUUACUUGUGUGUAAAUGCAGAAUUUUGAUAUUUGAUGAGCCAGUAGGCUUUUGGGGCACAUGUACAGUACAUGUAUGUUUGACAUAAAUCAUGAAUUCAACGUUUAUUUGUUUCCUUCUUAGAAAGCCUUGUCCUGUGUGCUUUCACUCACUUUGCUUGUAGAUUACAUUGUAAAAGUAGAUCAGCCCAGCAGUUCAGCUUGUUGUUAAUGACCAUGAGCGAUAAGGUUGCAUUUUGUAAGCUUGUAACCAACAGUGUCUGAUGUAAAUUAUGAGGUUUAUUACAUAUUGUAGAUGCCAAAGUCCUGUACUUUUCAGGUCUUGGAGAAGAAUUAAUUUUUCUUCUAAAUUGGAAAUUGCUCACCCAAAGACUUUAUGCAGUUUUUAUAGUGGAAUCUGAAGUGCAAAUCCAGGAUGCUUUAUUUUAAUCAGGAUUUCAUAAAGAGGGAAGGUAAAGUUGACCUAUUCUGUUUAUUCUUAUUUUAUUUCAUGUAUAUUGAAUGUUCAUAUUAAACAUGGGGAAAGUUGCCAAUGUGCCAGGCAUAAGCACCUGCGAUUCAUCAAGAGGGGAUAUCCUUAGUAAGGUCAUCUCAAGCACACAGCUGUCCCACCCACCUAUAGUUAGAACCUUCUGUUUGCAGGAGGCAACCAACCAGAAAUCAAAGGAGCUAAAUAUACUUAUUUCAGAUGGAUGAAAUGUGGGGCUUUAACUGUCAACUGUUAAUCAUACGAAGAAUAAGAAUGUGGAGUUUGAAAUGAGGCCAACCUAUUGAUUUACUUAAUAGUUUAAGUAACCCCUGUUUUAAACCAGUCAUUUUAAUUUCUUUCAUUAUUUGCACUUUUUUGUUGCAUUUUCAUAUAUACCUUUCAUGAGGUUGGACAUUUUUGUGACUUUCUGUCUCACUAAAAGGCCUUCGGAGAGAGAAUUUUGGCACUUUUGUCCAAACUCAUUUGUUACAUUUUUUAACAUCAGCGUAAUUGGCAGUUUUGAAGAUACAAUCAUGUCUCUUUGUGAAGGCAUUCUAGAUGCUUUUGGACCAGCUAUUUCCAAGAAAUAGAACAGAAAGCGAUCUCGACAUCUGCAACCGCAGAGGUGCUGCAUGUACCAGACUGUUUGGUGGAUUAACGGAUGCUGAUUAAGGGUUCACAUUCACCAGGUUCUCUAUUUUUAAGCAUUUGUUCAAGUUUUGAGGGUCAUGUAAUACAAUCCUUAAAGUCAAGUGCUUUCAAUUUUCUCUCACAAUCGUGACAAUCUGCCAAAGCCCGAUUUUGUCCCUAUAUUUCUGACUGUGCCCGGUUGAAUCUGUCCAGUAAAAUCUUGCUAUGUGCACUAAUGUUAAAUGAACUGUUUUAGAUAAUUUGGUAACUAUGAUCCAAUGGUCAUGGCACUGUUUGUGAAUAAGGGUAACUGCUUGUGGUUUAUUUGUGGCUCUUUGUGUAUUUCUGUGCUGUAGAAGUGCAAUGACAAAAGAAAGCAAUGUUGUGACUUUCCUUUUUUUUUCCAUGCACAAGCACAAAUAAGUGCAUGUGUGCACAACUUGUAUCUGAACACAAUGUGAUACAUAAAUUAUUUUUCUUUUUUUUCCACUGCCAUGCAUACUGAUGUUUGUAUAUAAAUAAACACCAAUACCAUGA